CAGCAGAAGAAGAAGAAGCAACAUGGCUUCCGGGCAGCAGUGGGUGUUGGUGGAAAUGGUUCAGGCUUUUUAUGAGGCUCCUGCAUAUCACCUGAUUCUUGAGGGUAUCUUGAUCCUGUGGAUCAUCAGACUGUUAUUCUCUAAGACCUACAAACCCAAUGAGACGUACAAGCUCACAGAGAGGGAAAAGGAGGACCUGAUAGAAGAAUGGCAGCCAGACCUUCUGGUUCCUCCCGUUUCUAAGGACCAUCCUUCCCUCAAAUACGACGUGGUUUCAGGACCGCCCAGCCAUAAAAUCACAGUCAAUGGAAAGGAAUGCAUCAAUUUCGCCUCCUUUAACUUCCUGGGCCUCCUGGACAGCGAGCGCGUGAAGGAAAAAGCUCUGCUGUCACUCAAGAAGUACGGCGUCGGCACCUGUGGUCCAAGAGGCUUUUAUGGGACGUUCGACGUCCAUCUGGAGCUGGAGAACCGACUUGCCAAAUUCAUGCAGACAGAGGAAGCCAUCAUCUACUCGUACGGCUUUGCCACCAUCGCCAGCGCCAUUCCCGCCUACUCCAAGCGAGGAGACAUCAUCUUUGUGGAUGAAGCCGCCUGUUUCUCCAUCCAGAAAGGUCUUCAGGCUUCCCGCAGCUUCAUCAAGUACUUCAAACACAACGACAUGGAGGACCUGGAGAGGCUGCUGAAGGAGCAGGAGCUGGAGGACCAGAAGAAUCCUCGGAAAGCUCGAGUGACGAGGAAGUUCAUCGUGGUGGAGGGGAUGUACAUCAACACGGCGGACAUUUGCCCUCUGCCUCAGCUGGUAAGCUCCACCAGAACCCUCGGACCAGAACCGCCGUCAUCUGGACCUCUGGCUGGAUCAGAACCAGAGUUCAAAGGACCUGAGGGACGGUUUGUCCUGGGGGUUAACCUUAGGGACCUGAGGGACGGGACCCAGUCUCAGUGUCUCAGUCUCAGGGACCCAGUCUCAGUGUCUCAGUCCUCACGCCGUCUCAUUUGUCUCCAGCGGCUGUCCGGCCAGGGUUACUGUUUUUCUGCCUCCCUUCCUCCGAUGCUGGCGGCUGCCGCCAUCGAGGCUCUGAACAUCAUGGAGGAGGACCCAGGAAUUUUCACAGUUCUGAGAGAGAAAUGCGCUCAUGUUUAUACCGCUCUCCAAGGGAUUCCGGGUCUGAGGCUGGUUGGAGAACCGUUUGCUCCGGCUCUUCAUCUCCAGCUGGAGAAGAGUUCAGGCUCCAGGACGUCCGACCUGCAGCUGCUGCGCUCCAUCGUAGAUUAUUGUUUGGAGAGAAAUGUUGCCUUGACUGUUGCUCGCUACCUGGAAAAAGAAGAGCGAUUCCUGACGCCUCCCAGCAUCAGAGUGGUGGUCACCAUCAAACAGAAGGAGGAGGACGUUCAGAAGGCCGUUUCUUGUAUCAGAGAGGCAGCUUCACUUCUCCUAAAGUAGCAGCAAAACGUGAAGAAUGGCGCCCCCUGCUGCACUGUUGGAAGAGGACCACCCUGUUCACUGGGGAUCAAAGUGGAGCUCUGGAAACAUCCUGUUAGAUGCAGAGCCUCGAACUGUACCAAUGAUCUCCAUCAUGGUUUCACAGAAGAUGGCUUCCUGUUCGAUGCACUAAAUGCUUCCUGCUGCUACUGAUGUCAGAGUGGGACUUUUCUUGCCCCUUGAAUGGCAGAAAAUGAGGUUCCCACCAUUUAAAAAUGUUCCAGUUGCUCCAGAAACGAGUGACAGGCUAAUUUAUCUACUGACUGUGCUUUUAUUCUGCUCUCUCUCUCUCUCUCUCUCGGCUGUCGGUACAUAAGCUUUUUGCUCUGUGAUCUAGUUUGUUUACCGUUCAGAUUAACCAAAAACAUGGUUUUUACUCUGGAAUCACUCCCAUGAU